AUGGACCGGCCAGACAGCACCGUUCCCUCCGCCCCGACGACUGCGCCGCCGCCGCAGCCGGCUCAGCAGCCGGUACAGCCGGACGGCAGGGCUGCCCAGAUUGCCGACACCGUAGUGGUUCGUGCCCCUGGUGAUCCGCCCCGCGAUCAGAACAGCCGCCGAGCCGCUGCCUGUCUCGUCUGCCGCCGAUCCAAGAUCAAAUGUGAAAAGGGCCGCGGCGGUAGUGAUGAUCGUUGUCACCGUUGCCUGCAACUGGGUGUUCAAUGCAUCCGUCCAGAUUUCCAUGUUGGUCGUCGCAAGGGAGUGAAAAAGUCAGGCUUCUUUAGCAAGCGUACCGGUCUCGAAAAGGCACUGCACCAGGUAGAGCAGGCCCUACGCCGAUGCGGUCCCGGCGUGGAAGCGACAAAGAUUGUGUCGGAUUUGAAAGCUAUCAUCGCCUCUGGCCAGGGCAAUCAAGGGGGUUCACUGCCAUCCCUGAACGGUCCUCUAGGAAACGGUGUGCAUGUUUCUACACGCCUUAAGGCGAGUGAAAACCAUCAUGGGCCGAUUUCCUCUGACCAUACUCGAGGAGCAUCUCGACAGAGUGAUCACGACAUUCUGCUCCCCGAUGUCUCGUCGGAUACCGGCGACAGCUCUUCGUCGGAGCAGGAUGUCAUCAGCUUACCUCAGGAGUCUACUCCCUCCCAGGGUCAUGUUCCCGAAGAGAGCUUGGCCGUUGAUGAUGCCGAGAACCCUCUCCAGUUGCUUGCUCGUGCUUCGGACCUCCAUGUAUCGCCAAAACCUGGAAUGGAUCUCACAAUGCGGGAGUCAAUGUCCCGUCAGCGAUCGCGCCAGAGCAAACAAGAGGAGAAAAUCUCGGAGGUAGCGAAGUUCUUCAAAUUGACUCAAUUCAGCCUUGAUAUCGGGCCAGACCUUGAUCCCGUGAAUCUCGGCCUGAUCACGAUGGAAGAAGCGGAAACGCUGUUCAACUUCUUCCACACCAACCUUGCACACACACGCUGGGGUCUCGACCCAGUCCUCUACACGGCCGCUUGGACACGAUCCCGUUCGGCCUUUCUCUUUACCUCCAUAGCUGCUGCUGCAUCUCUCUUCCUACCCCACGCCAGAGCCCUCUCCCGCCGCCUGUCUAACCACUGCAAGACCCUCGUCAACCGCAUCAUGGUAGACCGCUAUCGCUCUGUCGAGAUUGUCCUGGCUUUCAUGGUCAACGUGCCUUGGAUGUUUCCCGGAAAGCACAGUACUGAUGAUGAAACGUGUUGGUAUGUGUCUAUGGCGACGACCAUGGCUCUGGAUCUGUCGCUACAUAAGAUCCUGGUGCCGGUAUCAUCCUUAAGGGACGGUGCUGCUGGGAGAGGUGGGGUAGGCGCUAUUGCUCGGGCGGACUGCAUUGAUCCAAAGGUCGCUCUGGCGAUGGACGGGUUUGCGGAUGUCGAGCCAGGCUCGGAGUAUGGGUUACGGUUGUUAAGGAGGAGAGAGCGGUGCUGGAUUGCCCUGUUCGUACUGGAAAGGGGGAUGUGCUUGGCUAGGGGCCGAUGCUAUACCGUGCCAAUUACCCCUAUCCUCAAGGGAUGUGAUCAAUGGCAUCUGUCGAACAUUGCCGAUACUAUGGAUGGCCAUUUGGUGUCUAUGGCUGUUCUUCGUAGGGAUCUGGAUGAUCUCUUUGCGUCCAUCAGGUCUCUUUGCGAUGAAUCUAGGGACGGACGAACUGAUGGUGCAGUGGUUGCAAGGCAGAUCCAGAUGAUGGUAGAAAAGUUCUUUGACGAAUGGCAUGCUAAAUGGGGCGUCUCAAUUGGCACUGGUCCACAACAUCGCCUGCCGCCCUAUGUCCAGAUCCUCGUUACUCACACACGCCUAUCCAUCUACAGCAGCGUAAUCAACCAUCCAACCGCUCCUACAGAGGUCCGUCACUUCUUCCAUGCAGCAGGCCUUUCCUCUGCACUCAACGUGAUGCGCGCUGCCAUCCAAGGCGAAGGACAGCUCUCCAGUAUGCCCAACAACACGGCCAUCAUGAUCUCCUUCGCCGCCUGCUUUGCACUUCGCCUGAGCGGUCAAUUCACGGGUAACUCCAACCUCGCCCCAAGCGUACGGACCCUCAUCGAAGAGACUGCAGAGGUCCUGGAGCGCAUCGGCUCCUUCACCGAACACCGCAACGGCAUGUCAACCCUGUACGGCAAGUACCUCAAGUACAUCGUCAAGAAGGUGGCCGCAGCAACGUCUUCGUCCGCUGAGCCCCCGGUCCGGCCCAGUGCAGGGCCAAAUCCGGAACCUCUCUCGCACCAUCAUACCCCUACAACGCCUUACUCGCGGCACAGUCAUGCACGGCCACCGUUCGGCAUGACCGAUCCGCUUCCCCCCAACCCUCCUGUCUCGGGAUUCUUGGAGCCGCCGUUGUGGACAGAACCGGUCCAGUUCUCGUCUAUGUCGGAUGACCAGAUUGUUGAGGCGCUGAGCAGGGUGAACACUGAGUUUGACCCGGCGCUGAGCAUGUAUCCCUGGGAUGAUGCGGCUGCGUUGGAUUGGUUGAAUUGGUCAAAUUUGCCAAAUUUUGGGACUUGA